AUGGAUCUCCAGAAAGUCCUGGAAAAAUGCGGUAACUUUGGCCCCUAUCAAAUACUCCUGCUGGGUCUCUUCGGAUACACGAACAUUGUGUCCUCGCUGCACUACUUUUCGCAGACCAUCAUUAGUUUCACGCCCCCGCACAGCUGUUCCGCGCCAGUAGAAGGAUAUUCACAACAUUUCACUGAGCGGUUGUCCUGUAGUGUCAUCCAGUACGAUGUCGACAACUCCUCCUUCCGGGAGUCCAAGUGCACCUCCUGGGACUUCGAAAAGGAAAGCAACUACGAGAGUGUAACCACCGAGCUCAAGUGGGUCUGCGAAGAUGCCUACAAGCUGGCAGUGGGCCAGUCCUUCUUCUUCAUUGGCUCCGCCCUGGGAAGCAUAUUCUUCGGAUACUUGGCCGACCGCAUAGGACGUCUCCCUGCCUGCGUUCUGUCCACCUUAACAGGAGCCUCCGGGGACUUCUUCACCUCCUUCGUGGGAAGUCUGCCCUGGUUCUCGUUCACCCGGUUUGUGUCCGGCCUGUCCAUGGACACCCAGUAUGUGCUGAUGUACAUUUUGGUUUUCGAGUACUUGAGUCCACAGCACCGCACCUUUGGGCUGAACAUCAUCUUGGGCGUCUUCUAUUGCGUUGGGCUGAUGAUAUCUCCCUGGAUAGCCAUUUGGAUGUCCAACUGGCGGCUUUACCUCUGGGCUGCAUCACUUCCGGCGCUGGGAAUGCUACUAUUCCCCGUGUUUCUCCAUGAGAGCGCCGAGUGGCUACUAACGAAGGGAAAGUUUGAUAAGGCAGUUAGGAGUCUUCGAGGCGUCGCCAAGUUCAAUGGACGAGAAGUGAAUGACUCUGUUUUCGACGAGUUCGUGAAGCACUACCGCGAAAAGCUAAACAGCUUGCAGGAUAAAUCUUCGGACACCUUCAUGGGUAUGUUGAGGACUCCAAGACUGAGAAAGUUUACCAUUAUUCUAUUGAUCAAAUCAAUGAUCAUUACGAUUGCAUUCGACAUCCUGAGUCGCAAUGUUGAGGGCGUGGGCAUAUCCCCCUUCAAGCUGUUCUCCUACUCUGGAUUCUGUUACCUGCCUGCCGGUCUCACCAUCAUCCUAUUCCAGAACAAAAUCGGGCGAAAGGGCAUGGCCUGCGCCUCUCUGUUUGUGGGUGCCAUUAUCACGGCGGCUACUGGCUACUUGGUGGCCACCCUGGAUCCGGCAGAGUACUCCAUACUUCUGGGAUUCAUGGUCAGUCUGGGCAGAUACGGGGCAGUGGUGGCCUACGACGCGGAGGCCCAGUACGCGGCGGAGAUUAUUCCAACCAGUGUUAAGGGGCGAGGAGUGGCCAACAUCCAUGUGGUGGGCAAUGCCUUCGCCUUCUUCAGCUCCUACAUCAUCUACUUGGGCACUUUUUACAAGCCACUGCCUUCGCUUCUGAUCAGCUUCGUUUUGCUACUCGGCGCUUGUUUGUGCCUUUGUCUGCCGGAGACUUUGCACAAAAAUCUUCCGCAGAAUCUCGAGGAGGGCGAAGUAUUUGCGAAAGGCGAGAAAUGGUACUUCUUUCCCUGCUUUUCACGCAGGCAGAAAACUCAUAAGUCUGCAUCUCAAUUGGAGUCAUCCGACACUAUUAAAGAUUAGUUUUAAGUUGUUAAUGUUAUUCAAAAUACCAAUACAGUUUACAAAUAAUAUCAAAA